UUAACCCUACAAAGGAAGGAGGGGGCGUUUCAGAAGUUUCUUCUUGCUGUGCGAAAGGUCGAAGAAGAAUUUAGAAACUCGUUUAAAUACAAGGAAGAAACUUUCACCACCACUGUCAACAAUAUGUGCAAAGGAACGGUUGGUGAAAGUUCAUUGUCGGUCACUUUAGAAAACCUGAUGUAACUGGCUCACUGGUCAGCAAUAUAAGAAGCCAUCAUACUGGCUCACCGUCCAGAGGAUUGUAGAAUGCAUGCUCGUCUUUGAACACUUCCUAGGUCACUUCUGACUUCACAUCAUCCGAGCUUCUGUGUAAACACACAAGAUUGCGGCAUGUCGGACCCUAUACCUGUACCAAAAGCACUCGAUCUUCAACACCACAAUGGGUCCGCGUCCCCCGUAAUGACAUCUGCUUCAGUUACCAACUCUGAGAUCUGUGAAAGUCACAAAAAGUUUACGAUGUAUAAAGUCGUCGUAGCCAUGGACAACCACACCUGGUUUGUGUUGCGGCGUUACACAGACUUCAGCCGGUUGUUAGACAUUAUCAAGAAGCAGUAUCCCGGUGUGGCUCUAAAGCUUCCAGGAAAGAAACUGUUUGGCAACAACUUCAGUCCAGAGUUCAUACGAUCGCGGAGACAGGGACUGGAUGAGUUCGUUCAGAAACUGGUGAAUGAUGAAAAGUUGUUGCAACUGGAAGAAGUUCGUACAUUCCUGAACAUGGACAAGAAUAUUUCAGAGGCACACGAAGACGACGACAGCCCCGGAACACCAACAACUGAGCCUCCAGAAAAGGUUGAUUUGGGCACAACUGAGAAACCACAUGUCAAGCCAAGCGACUUCGAGUUCUUAAAAGUUAUUGGGAAAGGCAGCUUUGGAAAAGUUAUGCUUGCAAAGCACAAAGCAGAGCAGAAGCUCUAUGCAGUCAAGGUGCUGCAGAAAAAGAUCAUUCUCAAACGCAACGAACGCAACCACAUCAUGUCCGAAAGGAACGUUCUUCUAAAGAACCUGCACCACCCCUUCCUCGUGGGACUUCAUUUUUCAUUCCAAACUUCGGACAAGCUCUAUUUUGUCCUUGAUUAUGUGAACGGUGGUGAGCUGUUCUUCCAUCUGCAACGGGAAAGGUACUUUGCCGAGCCAAGGGCACGGUUCUAUGCAGCAGAAAUGACGAGUGCUCUUUCAUAUCUACAUUCUCAAGGGACUGUCUACAGGGACCUGAAGCCUGAAAAUAUUCUUCUUGAUUGGCAGGGUCACGUCGUCUUGACGGACUUUGGUCUUUGCAAAGAAGGUCUUCGGGAACGAGAAACAACCAGCACCUUUUGUGGCACUCCAGAAUACCUUGCGCCGGAAGUGUUGCGGAAGGAAGCCUACGAUCGAACUGUGGACUGGUGGUGUCUUGGAGCAGUUUUGUACGAGAUGCUUUAUGGCCUGCCGCCUUUCUACAGUAGAGACACAACAGAGAUGUAUGACAACAUUCUCCACAAGCCACUGAAGUUAAGGACCAAUAUUUCGCUGGCAGCCCGAAGAAUCAUAGAAGGGUUGCUGCAGAAGGACAAAACGCGAAGACUUGGUCACCUCGAAGACGGCGAGGAAAUCAAGAGGCAGGAGUUCUUCAAGCCCAUCAACUGGCAAGACCUUGAAGCGAAGGCAAUUAAGCCACCGUACCAUCCAAACCUUAAUGGCUGCAUGGACUUGAAGAAUAUUGAUCCAGAGUUUAUCAAAGAACCUGUGCCAGCUUCUGUUGGGAAGUCUCAAACCAUGAGUGCCAGCGUGCAGGAUGCCGACAAUGCAUUCCAGGGGUUUUCUUACGCUCCUCCCAUGGACUUUCGGACAUGAUCCAUCGGAGUCCACCCAGAGUCCACUCUGGAAUUCUGCAGCACUGGCACGGGGUGAAGACCUGCAAGUCUCACUUUAGUAGGGCAAAGUACUUGUUUUGUUCUGUUUGUUUUCUGUUCAUGUUUGUGCAACUUUUGAGAUGAAUUAUUUACACUUUUUAUCAGAGUAAGUUUACAAGAACGGUAAUUUUCCAUACUCAUUUGGCACAGUAACUUUUUUAUGCUAUACGUUCUUCUUGUGAUGUUCAUAACAGAUUCAGAGUCAUAUUUGAAAUCUCCUCCAAUUUCGAAAAAAAAAGAAAAGUAUUUGGUUACUUAAUUCUACUCUCAAGUUUAUCCAAAUGGGCAUUGUGUGGUCAUUUGUCAAUGUCAUUCAAAUUUUUGCAACUAUGCACGUGGUACUUUUGGACCAUAUUUACGAUAUACAGGGUUUGUACAUAUACAUUACCAUUGAGAAAAGUAUGUUAUUAUAUGUUCCACAUUGAGACCACAGACAUUUCUUUGUGCCUUCAGCGAUUCUGCUGCUGCCAAAUGCUCCGAUUCACCUGCCUUCCAAUAUACGGUGCUAGUCUGUUGCAGUAUUGAAAGGGGACCAAGUUUAUGUAUUUAAUGCAAAUCGUGCAACUGUAUCUUCACAGAACCAUUACAGAUAGCAUUAAGAUUACUUUGAAUCAACGGCAACAGUUUUUACAGUGCGUGUGCACUGUGCUGCUAAUGUGCCUUUUCUAAGAGGCCACGAUUAUUUUACUAGUCUGAAUGACGAUGUGAUAGUUCUGUUUCUUUGUAUCGUUGCUAUGGCCGCCUUUAGCUUAAAGCAAUAAGAGUGUAUAGUGAUGAGAAGCUAAUGCUUUGGUCUUUUAGCAUUUUUGUGCUUUCGCUGGCAAUCCCUGCAUUCAGUUGUUUAUCCAUUUGUUAUUGAAGCUACGCACCGGCACAUAGUACUGUGCUGGAGAAAAUGCCUGCCGCAACCACAACAUGACCCCCUGCAGACUGUGAUAACUGCUUGCUAAGGCAGACAACUAAAGUAUAUCCCAUUGAUGAUGCUAAUCAGAAUGAAGCACCUUAAAAUCGUGAGAACCACAUACGCAUCAGGUUGAUCUCAUCAUGGCCUACGUGCUCGAGGUAACGUAUUUCUGCUGUUACUCACACACACUUUAAAAAAAAGAUCCCGCCGUGCCAUAGUUUCUGCAAACUCUUCUUUUGUGCAGGUAAUGUUUUGCAUAUUCAAAUUUUGUACAUAGCGUUAUAUUUUAAUCCCCAAAAAAUGUCAAUAAAGAGACACAUAAAUUUUA